AGCUAGAAAGUGAAACCUGCGUGUGUUUAUUUUCUGUUAGACAUGUAAUAUUAGUAUUUAAUUUUGUUAUUAAGAGUGGAUAACGUCCUUUAGAUAUAGCCGCUGCAAUGGCUACCUCCGCAGGACGGCUAUUCAGUAAAUUAGACGGUCUGUUCGCUGUGUACAAACCUCAAGGAGUUCACUGGAAACUUGUCCGAGAAACGAUAGAGACAAAUUUGCUUAAAGCCAUUAAUUUAUCUACUCCUACUGCUUCACAAUCUAUGGUUCAGUUUAAGCUUUUACCAAGUGGAGAAAGCAGUGGCACCAGCGAGCUCACAAUCUCUCCAUCCAGAGUUCCUGCCCUGGCACAACAUCCUCUGGUCACAGGACCAAAGUGUCAUAAGAUCCGUGUAGGGGUCGGCCAUCGCCUGGAUGCGUUUUCUUCUGGAGUAUUAGUUCUGGGUCUGGGAAAUGGAAACACUGCCCUUGAGAGUCUGCAACGUUUACAUGUAACCAGGGACUACACACUGGAUGGGGAGUUUGGCACAGCCACAGAUGAUUUUACUCACUCUGGACGAGUAAUAGAGCGAAGCACAUACGAACAUGUUACACAUGAUAAGCUAGAAAAAGUGUUGGCCAUGAUUCAGGGAGCCAAUCAGAAAGCUUUAAUAACGUACUCUCAGGUGGACCUGCAAACUCAAGAGGCUUAUGAGCUAGCAGUAAAGGGGCUGUUGCGUCCACUGGAUAAAAGUCCUCCCAUUUUAACUGGCUUGAGAAUUCUUCGCUUCAAACCACCUCACUUUACUCUGGAGGUGCAGUGUGUAAAUGAGACUCAGCGAUUUGUAAGAAAACUGGUUCAUGAGGUGGGUUUGGAAUUGCGCACCACUGCUGUCUGCACCAAAGUGCGGCGGACACGUGACGGACCUUUUAAAAUAGAUGAUGCUCUGACCCACCAACACUGGACUGCUGAAGAUAUAUCAUCAGCUGUUGCUAAGUUUCACCGAACCACCCGAAAAAUCCGAAAGAAAGACCUUAACAGACAAGCAGUCAAGCAGUCAGAGUCCAACGCAGAGGCACAAGCUGAGACCAGGCCUGGCAUUGAUCAUAUAAAGGCGGUUCCACCAGAGAAAACUGGAUCUCUCAAUGUUUCCUCAAAAAUCUCUGCUGAGAAUUAGCUGUUGUGAUAUUUCUUAAGAAUUCUUUCUUUGUUCUACAAGAUAAAUGUUGAUUAAUUCAUUUUCAAUAUAUGUAUUUAUAUUCUCUGUACACUGAUCAGCCAUAACAUU